ACCAGUGGAAUGAAAGAUCGUAUUGUAUAUUUAUAGUAGUUAUCUGUUAUGUGAUUCAUGUAAUGGAUAGUGUUUUUAGUACAAACUAUUGUUAAUCACUUUUUCUUAUAAUGAGCAAAGUGGAUUUGAAGGUUGUCCUCCUGGGUAGCACAUGUGUAGGAAAAUCUAGCUUACUUGAACGAUAUGUGUACGAUCGUUUCAGAGGGGGUGUUCCCUAUCAAAACACAAUCGGAGCUGCAUUUGCAGCUAAGGAAGUUGAAUCACAUGGAAAGAAAUUUUUUAUGGGAAUAUGGGACACCGCUGGCAGUGAAAGGUAUGAGGCAAUGAGUCGUAUAUAUUAUCGAGGAGCUAAGGCAGCCAUAGUAUGCUAUGACAUCACUGAUCGGCCAUCUUGGGACAAAGCAGAUUUCUGGAUAAAUGAACUUAGAAGAAUUGAAGAGAACUGUAAAAUUUACCUGGUGGGAACGAAACUGGACGUCAUAUCAGAUAUUUCAGAGCGAGCAGUGGGAUUGGAUAUGGUCGCUCGAUACUCAAAACGCAUUGAGGCACCGUUUAUUGAAACAUCAAGCAAGACAGGAGAAAAUGUUGCGGAGCUCUUCCAGAUGAUAGCAGAGGACUACAUGUUGAACCCUGAGAACGUACGACAAGUCGAGGAAAGCAUAAAGCUGAGUGCCCGUAAUAAGCGUGGAAGCUGCUGUCUGGUGUCAUCAUGACUGCAGUCUGGGUCAUGUUCCUGCGAAAUUUGUAAACAGUGCUGAAAGUAUUGAUGGAAAUCAAGUCACAUGCAGACAGAACUGUUAGGAGUUUCUUUGGCUGGACUGCUUUGUGUUUGUUACCAGCAUGAAGUGUCUCGCUAUAGAUCAACAUAAAUCAUGCACAGUAUUGUAUAACAUUGUUACAUUUUGAUUUCACUGACAUAAAAUGAAUUUUACAUUGUUACACUGUGUAGAAAGUUUGCAUAUUGAAAGUUAGAUUUAUGUCAUUUAAAACAUUUUCAUUAUUAUUAUUGUUAUGGCACUGUGAAAUUUAAUAUUUAUACAGAAAAUCUGAAAUCUAAUUAUAUCGACCUGAAUUUAUAAAUAUAAUGAACUAAAAAGCUAUUAUACCCGGUGAUAUUUGCUAUUCAAAUAAAUAUGUGAAUAUAGGUAUUUUUAAAUACCAGGCCAAGUAUUGAGAUAACAGAUAAGCUCAAAAUAUUGCCCCUCUCUACUCGACUGAUCGAAUAUGCCCACCAGAAUAGUUGUUACACUCGCAGUGUUAAAAAUGUUAUAA